UAUCUCUGGAUCCUGGUUGGCCCUCCCAGGCCCUCCAGUACCAGAUCAGAGAGUAACAGCUGCUAGAGUCAGUCUGGAUCCUCUCGUCUAUGAUCCACUGAAGAUACUAAAGCUGCUGGCACAUACAAGAUGAGGCUGCUGCCAGUUGUUGUUACAGUGUCACUAACGGUGGCGCUCGCUUAUUAUGUUUACAUCCCGCUGCCGGAUGCCAUCCAGGAGCCGUGGAAGCUGAUGAUGCUGGAUGCUGGAUUCCGAACAACGAUGCACCUGGCCUCUUUAAAGUCUUGGCUGGGCUUUGACCAUUACAUCACGUCAAUCAGGCGGUCCUCAGACGGGUUUGAAGGCAUGAUGAAGGGGCUGAGCAGUUCGGAGCCCGGCGCAGGAGGGGUCAUGCCCGGAGUCAAAGUCAGCGACAUCACUUUCGCCGGCGUCCCGGUCCGUGUUUACGAGCCCCCGGCUGGAGGCGAGGGUCAUCUGAGGAGAGGGCUGAUGUUUUUUCACGGAGGAGGCUGGGCUUUCGGCAGUGCCAAGAAGGGGUCGUAUGAUACCAUCAACCAGAUGUUGUCCGACGAGCUCAACACUGUUGUGGUCUCUGUUGAGUACCGUCUGUAUCCAGAGGUGCACUUUCCAGUGCCGUAUUUAGACUGCCUUGCCGCUGCCAAGCACUUCUUGUCCCCAGAGGUUCGGGCCAGGUAUGCAGUCGACCCUGAGCGAGUGGCUGUAGCAGGUGACAGUGCUGGAGGAAACCUGGCUGCUGCGGUCGCACAAGAGAUUUCCACAGAUGACACUAUGAGUGUGAAAUUCAGUGUCCAGGCGUUGAUCUACCCAGUGCUCCAGGCUCUGGACUUCAACACACCCUCCUACUUGCAGAACCAAAAUAUACCCAUCCUCUACCGGCACCUUAUGGUGCGCUUCUGGCUGCAGUACCUCGGUGCUGACCUCUCCCUGCAGUCCCAGUUGCUGGCGAACAACCACAGCUCCUUACACCUCCCAAACAUCACCCCAGAGCUGAGGGCGCGGCUAGACUGGACCGUCCUCCUGCCCCCGAAACACAAGAAGAACUACAGGCCUCUGAUUGUGGAGAAAGGUUCACAGGGGGCAGGGAAGGAGAUGCCGGGGCUGCUGGAUGUGAGGGCGUCACCACUGUUAGCAGGACCGGAGGUUUUGGCUAAAUGCCCUCGAGCAUACAUCCUAACAUGCGAGUAUGACGUGUUGAGGGAUGAUGGUCUGAUGUACGCGCGGCGCUUACAGGACGCAGGCGUCACAGUUACCCACGAGCACUAUGACGACGGCUUCCACGGAUGUUUCACCUUUAUAACCUGGCCAAUGGAAUUUGAUGUAGGGAAGCGAGCACUCAGGGGUUACCUCAACUGGCUGCAGAACAACUUGUGAGAGUGUGUAUGUGUGUGUGUGCAAGUGAGUGUUUAUGAGUGCAUGCAUGCGGGUGUGGGUGUUUUACUGAUAUGAAUGAACUAGUCCUUGCUUAAUGAAUCCGAGCUCUUUGCUCUUUGUUUAAAAUAUAAGCUCAGGACCCUCCUGUUCCUGCAGAGAGACGCACGCACACACACACACACACACACACACACACACACACACACACACACACACACACACACACAGUUACAGACAUGUCUGCUGGCAGUGGAGAAGGGCAAAUAUGUUAACAUGAACAUGGCUAACACUGUGACCAGCUAACAAACAUACCCAAUAGAUGCUCAGCCACAAGCUUUCCGCUAAUGGAUAAAUGAAUCAGGUGUUUCCACUGGGAGGGGCCACAUCAGUACACUUAUUUUCAUCCACAAACACAUGAGCAAUAUACUUCCCGUGUUAUUGGUUUUAUACUUUUAGAAUAAAACAAACAAAAGUGGAUGUUAGCAGUGGUUUUAAAAAUUUUUUUACAAUAAACUAUGUGACCCAGCAAGUUACUGUAUGUUCAGUACUGCACCACUUUGGUCCAGAGACUGCCUUGACAUUUUAA